CCAGCCCCACCUCUGGACUGAGAUCAGAUCGCAUUCAACCCAUCUGAUCAUCAUCAGAGCACCUUUAGCUCGCAGUCUCAGCGACAGACUAGACGACAGCUACACGAGUCAUGGAGACCAGACUGCCCUCCAGCUAGCUAACUGCUAUCCGAUCGGAGCCCGAAAAAUGCACUAGACAGGAGUUGGGUAACAAGAUUGUUUCCUGUUUUCACUGGAGUGACAUUUGCUGUCACAUCUGGCCAUCAGCGGUUGAAGAUGCAGACCUUCCUGAGAGGCAGACGAGUGGGCUACUGGCUCAGCGAGAAGAAGAUGAAGAAACUCAAUUUCUUGGCGUUUGCGGAGAUGUGCAGAAAAAGAGGGAUAGAAGUUGUUCAGCUUGACUUGAGCCAGCCGUUGGAAGAUCAGGGUCCCCUGGAUGUCAUCAUUCACAAGCUAACGGAUCUGAUCCUGGAGGCGGACCAGAACGACACUCAGUCCCUGCUGCUGGUCCAGCGUGUGCAGGAUUAUAUAGACGCUCACCCAGAGACCAUCAUUCUGGAUCCACUUCCAGCCAUCAGAACUCUGCUGGAUCGCUGCAAGUCUUACCAGCUGGUGCAUCGGAUAGAAGACUGCAUGAAAGAUGACAGGAUACGUUCUCCUCCGUUUAUGGUGUUGAACACUGAGUGUGGCCCAGACACGCUGGAGCAGAUCGAGCAGCAUGGUCUUACAUUCCCCUUCAUUUGCAAAACACGGGUGGCUCACGGAACAAACUCCCAUGAGAUGGCCAUAAUCUUCGGUGCUGAGGACUUAAAGGAUGUUAGGCCUCCAUGUGUCAUUCAGAGUUUUAUAAACCACAACGCCGUGCUCUAUAAGGUGUUUGUGGUCGGGGAGUCGUACACUGUUGUGGAGAGACCAUCACUCAAGAACUUCCCCUCCGGGCCGUCCGACAGAAAAGCGAUUUUCUUCAAUAGCCACAAUGUGUCCAAGCCAGAGUCAUCGUCUGACCUCACAUCCAGAGACGAUGUGGAAGGUGUAUCCCAGCCACCUAACGAUGAUGUCAUCAGGGAGCUUUGUAAAUCCCUGCGGGAAUCUUUGGGGGUUUCGCUCUUCGGCAUUGACAUUAUUAUCAACAACCAGACGGGCCAACACGCAGUCAUUGACAUCAAUGCAUUCCCUGGAUAUGAGGGUGUUCCUGAGUUCUUCAAUGAUCUCCUCAACCACAUCAUCAGCGUCCUCCAAGAUCACUCUUCCAGUGACCCACUUGCACUGCCUCCUUCCGCCCAUCAAACCACUUUAGCUGCGGGAGAGCGUAGCUGUGCCCCCUCCCAGGAGUGCUGCAGUGUGCUUGCCAAGGAGUCGGACAGCAGCCCCUGGAUCGUGGAGGGUGACGGUGGUCUGAAGGGCCCGUGUCAGAGACUGGGAUGCAACACGGCCAUGUCCCCCAACUUCCAACAGCACUGUGUAUCCACAAUAGCCACAAAGGCAUCGUCACAGUGACUGCCCCGAAGCACCCCAGCCUUCCCCUGAAUAAAUUGUGAUGACAAAAUGAAUAAUAUACAAUAACAAUAAUAACUAUUAUACUGAUAAUAUAUCUGUAAUCCGAAAUAAACUAUAACGGGAAUAAUUGUAAUGAUGAUGAUGGGCAUUGGACUCUUUCUCCAAUGCCUUUGUAUGUGUAUUUUUAUAGGUUUUUUUUUGCUUUCUCUUUAGUCUAAUACUUCAGUACUGUAAUGUGAACUUUCGGGAACUCAAUAUUGAUCCGUUGAUAUGUAUUUUAAAAUCACAAUAGAUAAUUAGUGGAAGGUAGAUUAUUAAUGAUAGUCGGACAUUUGAGCUGGAAAUAGUCUCUCUACUUGUUACGCAAAGGCAGACCUAUUUAGCCCUUAUAUUGAACACAAUAUUCACACCUCCAGGACACAUGUAAUGUCUUUGUGCUAUGUAUUUAGUGGCAAUCCCAUAGUGUUAUGAUCCACAGUGUAGAAGCUUGUGCAAUGUCUCCAGACCUGCUCUUUAAUGAUGGCCACAUGGAACAGCAUGCAGCGGCAGAUGCUACUGCGAUUUCAUGACGCACCAAGAUCUGCACUUCUGUAAACAUUAUGACAUCUGUCAUUUUUCACAUGCACUUUGGUGCGUUAUAUCUAUAUAAAAACCUAGUGUUAUAGAAAAUCUAAAAUUGGAUUGAAAUAUGAAAUUUGUCGGACAUUUGAAAGAGGAUAUCUUGACAUUCGCUGUGUUUGUGUACAUGCGUACGUGAAAUGAUUUAAGAAGACGGUCCUUUAAAAGUUCUAAUGUUUUGUAUUUGAUCCUGUAAGUCAUUUUUGUGACUUGACACAUUCAUCAUCAGUACACACCUUUUAAAUAUAUGAACAAACUGUACCAGAUGGAUAUUAAUGAAAUAUCGGGAGUACUUCUUGAUGAUGCUUCUAAUUGCACAGAAGGACACAUCGGUUCCCUGAAUGGGUAAACGCUUUGACGCAUGGUUACCAUUCCUGCUUUAGAAGGAAAUAGAACAUUGGCUUUUGGAAUUUUGUUUUUAAUCGCUAACCUGUUUGAAAAUGACUAAUGAAUACAAAGUAUUUAAGUUUCAUACAGACGUACAGUUAGCUAGGCAAUAUUAAAUCAUUGUUUGGUUGCUGAUCAAACUAAUUUGUGAACUGCCAUGAUGUGUGUCUCAAAUGAGUGACUCAUUUAAAUAAUAAGAUUUAUUGUAAAUAAAACCAUGUGGUGAAAUAAUUAGCAAUUGAUACAAAUUAAUGUUGUAUUGAGAUCAUUAUGCAUUUCUUUUUGAAAACUUUAAGACAAAGUUUUGUAUGGUUACUAAAUUGUUUGCUAUGCAGAUUGAAAAAGUUAAUCAUAAAAUAUAUUUCAACCAUGUAUGGCCAGUAAAGUGAUUUGGAUACUACACAUGAACACACAAGUGUUUAAUGACCAACUUUUAUCCAUUUUUGUGGAAUGAUUAUUGACAAAAAGUCAGCAGACUUAAAAUGUCUUAUUGUAGUACAUUGUAAAUGGAGUUUUCAGCAUUUACUUACUUUGUUCUGCCUUACUGCUAACCCACUCAACACUAAGUACCUUAUGUUUUAUGUUGGGCUCCAUUUUUUUAAUGUAAUGCAUUUACAAUUAUUUUUUACAGGUUAACUAAACAGUGUUUUUCUAUAAUGUCUCCCAUCACUGCUAUGGACGAUUUAAAGGUUGUCUUGUUAAAGAUCACAAGCCAUGUUGACAUCAAUAACAGUUAGUCUGCUUUUUUAUGUUCUUUCUAUGUUUAAUCUCUUGUUUGCCAUUGGUGUUUAAGAUGGUUUAUACGACUAAUGGGGAAUGUGUUAUGGUUGUGUUUUGUAUUACUUGAUACUUUUAGCUCUGCAAGAGUUAGAAUGACAGUAUAGAGCUUUACCUUUUAUCUCUGUAAUUUUGCCUUCAUUGUGCUGUCAAAUAGAAAAAAUCCUAA